UAUUCAAGAACUAUUAUAGGGGAUAGACAAAGACUGAUAAUAAUUAAUUUAAUCCCUUAUUAAAAUUAAAUACAGUUAAGAUAUGCUUUAUAUAUGUAAUAAAAAGAUAGACCAGAAAACUUCAUAUGAAAAAGAAAUCUUAUGUGCAUAUUAUGGAUCAUAUGCACAUUCUUGUUCUCUUUCUGUCUUGUUUUAUGAUAUGUAAUCUGGGUUCCUCUCAAGAUUACAUUACAAAGACUCAAUUUCUUAGUGAUCCAGGAACAAUACAGAAUGGUACUUUCAAACUUGGGUUUUUCAGCCCCAUCAACUCGACUAAUCGUUAUGUUGGGAUAUGGUAUAAUAUCAAAGAAUCCGACUUGUUGGAAAUUGUAUGGGUAGCUAACAGGAAUAAUCCAAUCACUGAUUCUUCUGGGGUGCUCAAAAUAUCCGAGGAUGGAAAUCUUCAACUCUUAAAUGGACAAAAUAAAACCUUUUGGUCUUCUAAUCUGACAGGAAAUGAGGUAAACGAAACAUAUGCACAACUUUCAGAAGAUGGAAAUUUUGCCCUGUAUUCAAAUACUAGUGAUGCAAUGAUCUGGCAGAGUUUUGAUCAUCCUACAGAUUCAUUAAUUUUGCUUCAGAUGAAGCUUCCUAUUAACGACAGUCUGAAUGAUAAGCAAAUAUUGUUUCGAUCAUGGAAGAACAUUUCUGAUCCAUCGAUUGGUAACUUUACAGCUGGGGGUAGUACUCAUUACCCUCUUCACUUGUUUAUAUUGAAUAAUGGUCGUCCUUAUUGGCGUAGUAAUGCAUGGGAUGGUAAUGUAUUCUUUGGAAAAGAUUCGGUUGUUAGUAUUAUUAACGACAAUGAAGGAAGAGCGUACUAUGGAUUUACGUUUGGGAAUCAAUCAAAACUACAACAUGUUGUAGUGACUUUUGAUGGUAACCUUGUGUUAAAGCAAUGGAAUGCUGAUACUCGAAAGUGGGAGAUUUUGUGGCAGUCUCGAGAAUCUGAGUGCGAUGAGUAUAGCAAGUGUGGAGCAUUCGGGAUUUGUAAUCCAAAAGCAUCUCCGAUUUGUGAUUGUUUAAAGGGGUUUGUGCCGAGAAACAAACAAGAAUGGAGCAGAGGAAAUUGGACUAGUGGGUGUGUUCGGAAAACAGUAUUGCAGUGUGACGGUAAGACUAAAGGGAAAACUGCAGACACGUUUUUGAAGUUAUGGCAUAUGAAAUUACCAGAUGGUGGCUUUUUGGUUUCGACAAAUAAUGAAGAUGAAUGUAGGAGUCAGUGCCUAGGAAGAUGUACGUGUUUAGCUUAUUCUUAUAUAUCAAAUUCUGGCUGUAUGACUUGGAACAACAGCUUGAUCGACAUUCAGACUGGUGCUUCUAAAAGUUUAAUCAAUACUAAGGGCGUUGAUCUUUCGAUUCGUUUAGCUCCUUCAGAAUUAGAUAAAUCUGAUCAGCAGCAAGGUUCUGUUGAUAGUAAAGAUGAUAAAAAGAAAAUAAUUCUUUUGGUAAUAUUGCUUAUUGGAACAGCUACUAUUGUGCUCAUCAUCAUGUUCUGUUUAUGGAGGCGGUUGAGUAAAAGAAAUGGACUAGCAAGAUUGAUGAACAAGAAGGCGCGAAGGCAGAACUCGAGGCAUGAAGAUGUAACAAGUAGGGAAUUUGGAGAUUUACCAAUGUUUGAAUUCGGAAAAUUGGCUAGUGCUACUGAUCAUUUUCAGGAAAAGAACAAGCUUGGGAAAGGUGGAUUUGGCCCUGUAUACAAGGGAAAGUUAGAAGACGGUCAAGAGAUAGCAGUUAAAAGACUUUCAAAAGUAUCGGGACAAGGCCUUCAAGAGUUUAUGAACGAGGUUUUAGUGAUCUCAAAACUUCAGCAUAGAAAUCUUGUGAAGUUGUUAGGCUGUUGUGUUGAAGGAGAAGAAAAACUGCUGGUUUAUGAAUACAUGCCAAAUAAAAGCCUAGAUGCACUUCUUUUUGAUUUAAGUCAUAAGAAGCUUCUAGAUUGGAAGAAACGAUUCAAUAUUAUCUUAGGCAUAUGUCGAGGACUUCUUUAUCUUCAUCGAGAUUCUAAAUUAAGGAUUAUUCAUAGAGAUCUAAAAGCAAGCAACAUUUUGCUGGAUGGAAAUCUAAAUUCAAAGAUAUCAGACUUUGGGAUGGCGAGGAUAUUUGGAGAUAACGAAGUUCAAGGGGACACUAAAAGGAUUUGUGGCACCUAUGGCUAUGUGUCUCCUGAGUACGCAAUGGAAGGGCAAUUUUCUGAAAAGUCAGACGUGUUCAGCUUUGGCGUCUUGCUACUAGAAAUUGUCAGUGGGAGAAGAAACAGUAGUUUCAGGGACGAGGAGUCUUUAAAUCUCUUAUGCCAUGCAUGGAAAUUGUGGAACGAAGAUGAUAUUUUUUCGUUGACUGAUCCAACAAUUUCAGAAUCGGUCUAUCUAACAGAAAUAUUGAGGUGCAUACGACUCGGCCUGUUGUGCGUGCAAGAAUUCCCUCAAGAUCGACCAAGCAUUUCCAAUGUUCUUUGCAUGAUUGAGAAUGAACUGACUGUGCUUCCACACCCAAAACAACCUGGCUUUACACUAAGAAGAACCUCUUCUGGUAAACCAACUCCACACUAUGGUCAUGAAUUUUGUUCUAAUUGGAUUUCAGUUAGUUCCUUCACUGGUCGAUAACACAAAGACAACAAUUUGGUUACGGUCACUAUCUAAUUAGACAUGUGUAAUGGGCUGAGUCUAGUUAAGAGCAUGUAAUCCAGCAUGCUCAAAAAGGAUCAAACCCGUUAAUUUGCUAGUUGCUACAUAUAAAUGGUGUAUUUACUUAAUAUAGUGCAAGUUUUGUAUAUGAAAACAUUUCAGUCAAGGAUAUAUGGAUAAGCUUUCCUACAUGAAAAAUAGUCUUAUUUUUUUCUUUGGUGAAUUAAUAUUGACGUUUGUUUGUUGUU